AAUACGUACGUAUAGGAGAACGAGACACAGACAGGACUAUAUUCAGCAAAGGAGGCAGCAGAAGACAAUGAUGGACUUGACAACAGGGAUAAAGGAAUGAAGAAGAGAUGAAAAGGGAACUAAAAGAGUGGAUUUGGGACCUUUACCCUGGACAGUGAACGUUACAUUUUGAGAACUCAAAUGACAACAAAGUGACAGGAAACUAUUUUUAUAGGGUACAGCAUUGGUUCAGGCAUUCUACCAGAGGAGGUACGCCAGGAGAUCUCCAGCUUAGGUCUCGUUAACGGCCAAAGUUCAACUUCAGUUUGCACUCGCCCUGCGACGUAGAGACCAAACACAGUAAGAGGAGGUUGGGUUCCGUACCCAGCUCCGUGUGGACGAGGAGGAAUGAACAACGUUAAGAUAUUGACGAGGGGCACCAACCAAACACGGAACCGGUUUGUAAAGAAAAAUGGACAAUGUAAUGUUGUAUUCACCAACAUGGAUGAAAAGAGGCAGCGCUACCUAGCUGACAUCUUCACCACCUGUGUGGACAUCAGCUGGAGAUACCUGCUGCUUAUAUUCUGCGGCAGCUUCCUGGUCUCCUGGCUUUUCUUCGGGAUUAUCUUCUACAGUGUCUCGCUGGUACAUGGGGACUUUAAGGAGCAACCAAUGGUGAACGAUGAUGGGGUAUCGCACAGAGCGCAGACUCUAAGAACGCCCUGCAUACUUCAUGUCCAUGGCUUUGUUGGGGCGCUCCUUUUCUCCAUGGAGACCCAGACCACCAUUGGUUAUGGCUUGCGCUGCGUUACCGAGGAAUGCCCCGUCACUGUACUAACUGUGGUGGUGCAGUCCAUAGUGGGCUGCAUCAUCGACUCUUUCAUGAUCGGCACAAUCAUGGCAAAGAUGGCACAACCUAAAAAGAGAAACCAGACUCUCGUGUUCUCCAAGAAUGCUGUCAUCACCCUGCGAGACGGCAAGCUGUGCCUCAUGUGGAGGGUGGGCAACCUGCGUAAGAGCCACAUUGUGGAAGCUCAUGUCCGUGCAAUGCUCAUACGUUCAUACGUUACCGAAGAAGGUGAGUUCAUCCCCUUGGAGCAGAUGGACCUCAACGUUGGCUACGAUAAGGGAACAGACCGGCUGUUUCUAGUAUCCCCACUGGUCAUAAUACACGAGAUAGAUCGAGAUAGCCCCUUGUAUACCUUAAGUCGAGCUGAUCUGGAGACGGAUGACUUUGAGAUCGUUGUGAUCUUGGAGGGGAUGGUGGAGGCGACUGCCAUGACCACACAGUUUCGUAGCUCCUUCCUUGCCAGAGAGGUCUUCUGGGGUCACAGGUUUGAGCCUGUGAUCUGCGAGGAUGAGGACCGCUACAAGGUAGACUAUUCUAGAUUCCACCAGACCUACGAGGUGCCGUCCACACCCCAUCUCAGCGCCAAAGAACUCGACAAGGCCACGACUAUGGCCUCUUCUGCCGUUUCUCCGGUUUCUACUUGUAGAACCAAGCAAUACAUGAUUACCAGGUCGCUGAGCGCCUUCUGUUACGAGAACGAGGUGGCAUUGAGCUGUGGAGAGGAAGAGGAUGAGGUCUUUGAUGCCCAGAGUUCAGAGGACAGUUCAGUUUCGGUAGACUUACAACAUAUGUUCCAGGACGCUGCGACCAGGACAUCAGGCAGUCGCAGCGUCAUGUGCGUUCUGGACAUGGACAAUAACCAGAUGGAGUUUGACAUCCUGCAGACUGCAGUCCCCCUUGAUCCAGUGACCUAUAAGAGCGAGAAAGAGACCUGAAGGUUGUCAUGUAUCCAACUUUUUAUUCACCCACAAACCCUAGAACUACAUAGACCUGAAGAAGGAUUGUGUGGUGGUGUGCUUUAGAUUGAACAUACAGAUGGUUUGUCAAAUGUUGUCUUGCCAGUGUUGUUGCAGAAAUUGUUUCUCUUUUCCUUAAGAUUAGAAAUUACGAAAAAACACUCUGCACAUUCCUAAAUACCUUUGGCCACUGCAUUCCUUGAAUAUCUAUUAUAAGCAACCCGACUGACUCUGUGCUGACGGCCCUUUAUUAUGAUUGUAUAACAACAGGAAAGCACAAUGACAGUAAAAGCACAGAAACUUGAGUCCUGUUUUGUACUGUAUGUGUUUUUGACAUAGUAAAAGUAAACCGGAGAUUCUAUGAAAGUAAUUUCAGUUUUGAUGUAUCUUCA